CGCAGGCCCGACGAGUUUCCUCGCAUAAACCGCACGGCAUGAUGGCAUUCCUCCCCCUGUCGGCGAUGGUCAUGAGCCUGACUCUCAGUGUCGUCGGCAAGCCGACUCAGCCAAGACAGGACGCGUUUGUGUGCCUAUCGUGAGUGGUUUGCCUGUUGCUGUGUGUGUGCCGUCAGGUGCCAUCUGCCGCCUUCGUCCACCUCACUCGAACCAUGCCAACCACUGCCAGACGUCAUCUGCUGAGGCUGCAGACGACAUCGAACCAGCCCUCUCUUCAGGCUGACGAGCACGGUGCGGCGGCCGAUGACGCCAAAAAGGUCAGGGUGGUCAUCGGGAUCGAAAUCAACGGGGAGAAGAAAGACAAGAUCUUCCUCUACGAGCCGAGCGACGACGAUCAGCUCCUCGACCUCAUUGAACCGACCCGGAAGUACUUCGAAGUCGAUCCGUCAGUGGCAGCCGACAAUGAUUAUAAACUCACCAAGUGUGACGGGACGGCGGUGGACCUGGACGCCACUGUGAAGGACACGCUGGCAGAUCGCGUCGGCACCCUUGCCGCCCCCAUCAUCUUCAAAGUCACCAAACCACCUCCAACACCAGCACCAACACCACCUCCAGCACCAGCACCAAGUGAGCCAGGGAGGGAGAGAGAGAGAGAGAGAGAGAGAGAGGGAGGCCUCAGGGAGUGAGUACGUCCACAUGGAUGGAUGGAAUCGCAUCUUAUGUAUUUCCCUGUGUGUGUGCGUACGUACGAAGCUCGGCGUGAUCUUAGCGAGGAGAAGGAGCUAACACUGCGGAUGAUGAGGCUCAUGCCCGGCCCCUGGGCGUUUUUCUUCUGAUGCCCCCCUGAUGACUCUCUCGUGUGAAUGGCCGGCCCGGAGGCUAUGCGUCGCCAGAACCAGUUCCACGCCAGCCGCUAUCAUCUUCCAGCUCACGCUUGGCGUCUUUGUGAUCAAGAUACCAAUGGUCUGGUUCAUCGACAAGCAGACGGACUUCAUUAUCCCUUUCUCACAUCAGCCCGGGCGGCCUUGUUGGGAUGGAGGCCAUAUCGGCUUUAUGUGGUUCCUGCUGAAUGUGAUCUGGUCUGCCUGGGUGAUGUGGGAGGACAGGCCGAAGAAAAAGGAUCACACCAAAGCGAAGAACACUCAGUCUGCUGAGACGAGUGAGGAUGUGAAAUAGCUGAGCGACAGAGAGAGGGAGAGAGGGAGGGAGGGAGGGAGGGGCGUGUGUCUACUGUUUGUCUGUCAUGUAUGUGUGUAUUGUAGCUUAGUUGACAAGACAUUUGUGUACAGCUGUCAGUGGC